GAGGUGUCUUGACAAGUCACGCCACGCCACACACUGCAGGCUGCCCAGGCUUGCCUGGCGUCGAAAUUUCAAAUCCAGCAUACCUAACUUCUAGCCACUUAAGGCUAGCAAACAUUGUAUUUACCACUUCCUUUCGGUUCAUAGACCGACCAUGUCCCACAAACUGCCAGAGCAGUUGAAUGUCAAUCCUGAACUACCUCCUCCAGCAUAUUCUGCCCAUCCACAUAACUUGGGACCGUCAGGGCAAGUGCAAGGACCAAGUUCUCCCGGGCCUCAUGAACGGAUUCCCGGAGCUUACCCUCACCGCGCCUCGUCUUUUUUCGGCUCAAACGCUACACCGUCAUUUAUACCACCACCACCACCACAUUUUGGGCCUACUCCUCUAUUACACUCUGACCCUACCCUAGGGCUGCUACCAUAUUAUGACCUGCGUUCUCCGUACGCUAUUGCAGAAGCGACGUCGCGCGCACGGUGGCGUUUCAUUUGUGCUUCUCUGUGGGCCACCGGUAUCGUCAUGUGGUUGGUCGCGGUCGGUACAUUUGGAGGACUGCGAGAUAUAUAGCCGCCUAGCGUGGCUUCUGUACUUUUUCAUAUGGACAAUAUAUACGAAGUUUAUUUUGGCCGGCACGCGUAUAUUUCUCCAUGUAUGACUCAUGAUGCUCUAUGUAAACAUAAUGUAUUUCGUACAAUACCCAUGGCAUUUUUACUGCACGCUGUGCAUUUCUUCUCCGAGUCUUUGGGGACGACUCACUCGGGUCCCCGGAGCAAUGCAGAAUCCUAAUUCCCUAUGCUAGCUUCUGUCA